AUGGCGGCGAGUAGUCAAACUGAGGAGAGCAUGAUGAACUACGAUUCUCCGGCGUGCGGCGGCGCGGCAGAGACGGUCAUCGAGGACCUCCCCACGGACGUGCUGUCCCUCGUGCUCCGCCGGCUCGACGGCGCGUCGCUGGCGGCGCUCGGCUGCGCGAGCUCCAGCUUCCACGACCUCGCCACCGACCCCGACACAUGGCGCGGACUCUGCCUCGCCUUGUGGCCGUCGGUCGCCGGCCUCCUCGACAAUUCUUGCUGCCGCGGCACCGGUGACGGCUUCCACCGGGCGCUCUUCGCCGACGCGUUCCCGUUCCCAGCGACAGCGGCGGCGGCGGCCACGGCCACGGUCGCGCCCGCCCUGCCCAGCCGGCUCGUCUCCGCCGUGGACCUGCACCACAAGGGGGUCUGCAUCAUAUCGCGCGUGGUGGAGACGGACGCCUCGUCGGCGUGGUUCCUGGGCUCGCCGUUCCGCGUCGACGCGCUCCUGCAGGAGGGCUUCUCGGCAGCGUCCUCGAUCACGCCGGCGGAGCUGACGCUGAGCUGGCUGCUUCUCGACCCGACGUCAGGCCGGGCGGUCAACGCCUCCAGCCGGCGGCCGGUGUCCGUUGACCGGAGCUGGCUCACGGGAGAGACCGUGGUGCGGUUCACCGUGGUGCUCGGCGGCGUCGCCCUGGACGCGGCCGUCACGUGCGACGACCGGUUUGGGCACGUCCGGGAGGUCAGCCUGUGCGUGGAGGACGGUGACGGCGGCGGCGUCAGCGGGCGGGACGGGCUGGCGGCGGUCGCCGCGGCCAUGGCCGCCCCGAGGCAGGGCCGGGGCGCGGAGGCGGAGGCACAGGCGGCGCGGCAGUACGGGGAGUUGGUGAAAGGGAAGAGCGCGCGGAAGGAGUGGAAGGCGAGGCGGGAGGGGCUCGUCGACCUCUGCUGCUCCGGCGUCGGAGCGGCGGCGUUCGUCGGGUUCCUGGUGAUGCUCACGUGCCGGUGA